GUCUGUUUGUUAUUGUGUCUAACCAAGUCUCUCUCAAGGGGAAGUCUCAUUCUGAAAUCUCGCGCACGCAUAAUUGGAUUGAAUUAGUGCUUCUUCUAUUUUAUAUUGUAACUAACAUAACAAGGAACACAUGAAAAGAAGUCAACAGAGCAAAGUGGCUGUAGCAAACUGAACAACAUGUUUCUACAUUUUUGAGAGGCACAAUAUAAGUAUAGAAUUAUGAAAAAGAAACAUAUAAAACUAAAUUUCACCAGUGUGAGGCAGGACUGUACAACGAGUCAGGUUGACUGAAAGCAGGUAGCAGUAAUGCACCUGAAUAGCAUUUACAAAGAAGAAGAGGGAAGUAGGAGACGUUUUUGAAUAAAAUUUCCAUAAAAAUAUUAAUAUAUAAUAGAAGAAGCACUAAAGCACUUCAAACAGUAAUUUAUUAAUAGUCCCUGAGUGAAACCCUGUGGUUUAGAGCGAGCUCUGAGGUCAGCUAACCAACCUCUGACUGCCAUCACUGAAGAGGCCGCUGCAUCCGCAGUGAACGUCCCCCAGAGGAGCUCUGUAGAGCCGGAGCUAGAGAGGACUGUUGGCUCCACAUACACCUCACAUACAUCUCCUCCUGUCUCUCUCCAUAUUACUCUGUUAGCUGCUACGACCCAUAAACAGUGAAGUGCAGUUUUAUAUGACCGGUGUGGCGAGCUACUCAUCCAAAGUCCCAUUUUAUUGGAUGAACUUUUGUAAAAGCCUGUGAGUGAGUCAUCCAACAUUUGUUUUACAGGAAGAGAAAAGACAAGGAUUUUGAUUAGAGGGCGCUGUGGAACAACAUCAGGCCGAGGAGAAGAUGGAUGAAGCACAAACAGCAGAUUUUUAUAGCAGCUCUGCCUGACAGAGGCCUCAACCAGAGAGAGGCUGAGCUGAGCUGCUGAAGUCAUGCACACAAGUGCAUCUAUAACAGUGAGCUGUCUGCACCGGGCUGCGUGGGGGGUGAGACGAGCUCCUCACUCUGCCAGCGCAAGAGACCGGAUCUGAACGGACCGGACAAGACUGGAUGGUACUAGACUGGUCAGAACAGAACUUGGCAGUCAGAGGCUGAUUACUGUGGGCAAGGAGGACAUCAGAUACAGCUUGUUUAGAAAGGAAGUCUCCCUCUGUGUCUUGUCGUUCAGGCUGAGUGUGGGAGCUGCAGACUCCGUGUUACUGCGUGAAACGAGGGACUGAGGAGGUGACUGCAGGGUAGCGUGAUGGCAGGGCGGGGGCUCUCCGCCCCUCUCCCGCUUCUUCUGCUCUUUCUUGUCCUGUUGGGAGUCCUUCCUGUGGCCCAGGGCUCAGGCUACCUGUCUGGAUAUCGGCUGAGGUCUCGUCUGCAGAGGGACCGCCACAUCCGCAAUAUCCGACCCAACAUCAUCCUCAUCCUCACUGAUGAUCAGGAUAUAGAGCUGGGCUCAAUGCAGGCCAUGAACAAAACUCGGCACAUCAUGGAGAAGGGCGGCACACAUUUCUCCAACGCUUUCUCUACCACACCCAUGUGCUGCCCGUCCCGGUCCUCCAUCCUUACAGGGAAGUACGUGCACAACCACCACACCUACACCAACAAUGAAAACUGCUCCUCGCCCUCGUGGCAGGCUCACCACGAGCCGCACACCUUCGCUGUGCACCUCAACAACUCCGGCUACAGGACAGCCUUUUUUGGAAAGUAUCUGAAUGAGUACAACGGCUCCUAUGUGCCUCCUGGCUGGAAGGAAUGGGUAGCCCUGGUGAAGAAUUCACGCUUCUACAACUACACCCUCUGCCGGAAUGGAGUACGAGAGAAACACAGCAGCGACUACUCAAAGGAUUACCUGACGGACAUCAUUACCAACGACAGCAUCAACUACUUCCGUAUGUCCAAGCGGAUGUACCCUCACCGCCCUGUCAUGAUGGUCCUGAGCCACGUGGCCCCACAUGGUCCAGAGGACUCUGCCCCGCAGUACAGCACUGCUUUCCCCAACGCAUCACAGCACAUAACCCCCAGCUACAACUACGCUCCUAACCCGGACAAACACUGGAUCCUACGCUACACAGGACCAAUGAAGCCCGUCCACAUGCAGUUCACUAACAUGCUGCAGCGCAGGAGGAUGCAGACCCUGCUGUCUGUGGAUGACAGUAUGGAGAAGUUGUACAACAUGUUGGUGGAGACAGGUGAACUGGACAACACCUACCUCAUUUACACCUCAGACCACGGCUACCACAUCGGCCAGUUUGGUCUGGUGAAGGGCAAAUCGAUGCCUUACGAGUUUGAUAUCCGUGUUCCUUUCUACAUACGAGGACCUAAUGUGGAGCAAGGGGCCAUUAAUCCUCAUCUAGUGUUGAACAUUGACUUGGCACCGACUCUGCUGGACAUGGCCGGUGUUGAUGUCCCAGCAGAAAUGGAUGGCAAGUCUAUCCUCAAGCUUCUGGACACAGACAGGCCAGUCAACAGGUUCCAGUUAAACAGGAAGGGUAAAACAUGGAGAGAUUCUUUCCUGGUGGAGAGAGGGAAGCCUCCGCACAAGAGAGCUGACGGGAAGGAAAUGGCGCAGGAGGAGAACUUCCUGCCGAAAUAUCAGCGAGUGAAGGACCUGUGCCAGAAGGCAGAGUACCAGACUUCCUGCCAGCAGCCAGGACAGAAGUGGCAGUGUGUGGAGGACCCGACUGGCAAGCUGAGGCUGUAUAAGUGCAAGGGCAUGGCCAGUCUCUAUGCCCCACGUAUGCAGGCUCUGAUGGCCAGCGGUGGCUCCCAGCUGUCUCUCACAUCCAACUCCGACAGCUGUAACUGCAGGGAUGUGGGCUUGAAAACAUCAGUCCUGAAGCGAAAGAGGCUGCUCACCAAGAAGAAUUCCUCUGUCUCGUCUUAUUCAGAGAUGAAAUCCAGUAAGACUGUGUCUAGGAAGCGCUGGGCCCGCUCGGUGUCAUUUGAGCUGGAUGGAGACCUGUACGCUGUGGACCUGGAAGAGGGCUACCAGCCCCUGGGCUCCAGGAACAGCAGCUGGGCCAAAGACAGGAAGAAAGGAGUGGGGAAUGAGGAAGACAAUGACGAGUUCAGUGGCAUGGAAGCCACAGCCAAACCCACCAUCAGUAACAUGCUUACACCACCUGCUGCUCUCAAGGUCACCUACAGGUGCUCCAUUCUUAUGAAUGACACAGUAAAGUGUGAUGGAGGCCUCUACAAAUCUCUUCAAGCAUGGAAAGACCACAAACUGCACAUUGAGCAUGAGAUUGAAACCUUACAAACCAAAAUCAAGAACCUGCGUGAGGUCAAAGGUCACCUGAAAAAGGUGCGGCCAGAGGAAUGUCAGUGUGACACUCCCAGCUAUCUGCUUAAGAAUAAAGAGAUUUUCAGGCUCAAUGCUGGACGCAUGCACUCACUCAGAAUGCCAUCAAAGCAGAAGAGUCAGUGGCUGCAGAAGGAGCAGAAGCGCAGAAAGAAACUGCGUAAAUUCCUCAAAAGGCUCCAGAACAACGACACCUGCAGCAUGCCGGGCCUCACCUGCUUCACCCAUGACAACCAUCACUGGCAGACUGCCCCCUUCUGGACAAUGGGUCCAUUCUGUGCAUGCACCAGUGCCAACAACAACACCUACUGGUGCCUGAGGACCAUCAAUGACACACACAACUUCCUGUUCUGUGAAUUUGCUACCGGUUUCCUGGAGUAUUUUGACCUCAACACUGACCCAUACCAGCUGAUAAAUGCUGUCAGCAGCCUCGACCGCAAUGCUCUGAAUUCAAUGCAUCAACAGCUCAUGGACUUACGAGGCUGCAAGGGACAUAAGCAAUGCAACCCGGAGAAGGGAGGAAAAGAGCGAAACUACUUCAGUGAAUACAGGCCAGUUCAUCGUCGAAAGAGGCCAAAAGUGAAGAAGCCUUCCUCCAAAUCGCUAGGGCAGAUUUGGGAAGGCUGGGUUGGUUAACCAUCUGCAGCCCAUAACCAACCACACUGGCCUCCUCCAGCGAAGGAAGGAGUAGGUGGCGUGAAGGCGAACCCAAGGACCUUGACCACACUUUGAUGGACCAUAACCUGAGAUUCUACUCUACUCUGAUCUGGGGUUUUGAUUUUUGAGAGAGCUACUCUUUGUAGCCCUCACCCAGACAGAGGAGACGCUGAGACUGAGAGGAAAUUAAAGAAUCUCCAAUUGUCAGUUUUACCUUCGCACACAUUUCGUACUCAUUUACAUCCUCUGUUACCCCCUCGCUGUCAAGACCAAUAACACCAGGACGCUGUGAUUCAGAUGGGACAGUGUGGGUAUCCACAAGCUAUUCAGUCUCACAGUACUGCUUGUAGAUAAUAUAUAUCAGCUUUAAUCAGCUUUCUUUCAUCAUAUGAGACUGGAUGGAAACAUGAGUUGUCAACUCUGCUGCUACACAACAAUGUCAUGGGUGCUGCCGCUCGCCCUCAUGAUGUCUCUGUGGCACAUGCUGAUAACCUCGAUCAUAGCGUUUGGAAUAUGAUUGCUGACAUAACAACAGACUUUCUUUUUUUUUCUUUUUUUUUCUGCACCAAUGUGUCUGCACAUGGAAGUGGUAUGGACUUUAUAACGACCAACUGUAACAGACUUUUUCGCCAUAAUCUUUUGUAUUAUAGUUGAUCUUAACGCUGAUGAAUGUCCUUAAUGAAGCAUCAUCUUCCUCAAAGCUGUGAGAUGUGAGGUGAUUUUUAGAUUUUGCCUGCCUUGAUCCAACCCUACACAAGUGUCAAGCACACCUCGAACAGGCCUACACUAACCACUAUCUCACAAUGGUACGAUCCAAACCUCCAAAAUAUUUGACCACUGGCAGAAAGCGUCAUUAGUGAAUGCCAUUUUUUCUCCUUUGUAUUGUCAGAACCACACUGUAGAAGUAUCCAAAUAGUUUGUUCAGCUUGCUAUACAUGGUGCUACAGGAUAACAAUACAGAAGUAAAAUCUUGCUGUACAGUACAGUAUGUAUUUGAAUGUAUGUUGUGCAAUUAAUAUAAAUGUUUACAAUAUUUUUUAUAAUACUGAAGAGGCAGACCUCAUUGUAUGAUAUGAGUUGACAAAAUGACCUUAUAGGGAGAAAUGUAGAUUGAGAAAUUUCAUUGCCCGCAAUUUGUAUGUUUGUCCUUUCCUUAUUUACAUUGGUAAAGCACUUAAAGGGUUCACUGUGAAGAGAUGCGCCAUGUACAUUUGAUGGAUAUAUAGUUUACUCUGUGCCAGAGGAACAACACAACAAUGUAAUACCUGUUGAUGUGAAUUUUAGCAACCUGCCUUUGUUAGCUUCUUUGAUUUUUUUUUAGCAGAUAUUUCCAUAGACCUGAGUGCUGAUAGUAAUUGUGAAUAAAGUGUUGUUUGACCAUAAACAUGAGCCGACUUUUCUUCUACAAAGGCAUGAUGGUUACUUGUGUUCCUGUCCAGCAGGUGUCUCUGUCUGCCUGUCCACCGGGAGCGACACGCUGCUCACAUGCUCACAUGUCAUUUCACUACAGUUACAAGAAUGGAAAGAUAGUUAUGCUCGUAAAACAGAGAGUUAAGACCUUGAAGUCUCUCUGACUUGGCCGAGUUAAGUCAGAAGCCGUUGUAAAAUCUGCACAUUUUAUAUCCCUGAUAUGAAAUUCAAAUGUGAGCGAACUAAUCCAAACUCAGACUGCUGCGUCGCCUAGCAACCACAUUGUUCAAUUACA